UCCAUCGGUGGAUUGUCCACGUCUGAUGCUGCUGCUGAUGAUGAGCUGACAACAAUCCUAAUUAUGAUAAUUAUGAUGAUGCGAGACCUCACGAAUGAUUAUUAUUACUGCUGAUGGAUGACACUGACACCGUUGCUAAUGACACUGCCGAUGACACGACCCGAACAGACGUGCGGACAAACAAAGAGCUCGCAUCGCAGCUCGUCGGAUUCCUCCAGCGCAAACACACAUUCUGACAUGUGCCGAUAUAUGCGCUCACACGCACACACACACAGGCUCGCCGGCGCGGACGUGCUUCCAGCUACCCACGCCGCCGCCGACCCCUUUGGCCAUGGGGAACAAAGCGCUGCCGGCCCCCAUACCCAUCAACCCGGCGCUGCCCUUCACCGUCAACUACAACCUCCUGCAAGCGGUGGGCGCCCUCCCGCCGGGCCUCGAAGCGCUGUACGGAUUCGGCGCCCUGCAGGGGCUUCACCUGCAGCAGUGGACCCUCGGCUACCCGCGCCUGGCCGCGGCGGUGCUCCCCGAGCAUUGCGCGGUGCUCGAGGGUCGCUUUCCUCUGCCGCUCCUGCCGCUGUCGCCCCACCACCACCACCACCACCACGCCACCUCCUCAUCCUCCUCAUCCUCCUUCCACGCGGACGACAAACGCCACUCGCUGCUGGCGCGCAAGGAGCGGCCGAGGUUCGACUUCGCGAACCUCGCGGCGGCAGCGACCCGACGCGAAAACCUGGAGGAGGAGAAGAGGCUCAAGAGCGCCGCGCUGGCGGGAGGAGGAGGAGGUGGGGGAGGAGGAGGAGGGAGAGGAGGAGGAGGGGGAGAAGGAGGGGGAGGAGGAGGGGGAGCCGCGGUGGUGUCCGCGGUGAUCGGCGCCCCCGCGGUCGAGCAGAGAGGGGAGCGCAAAGCGACGCGCGGGCGAGCGCCCUCCAAGGCGAAGAAGGAGUUCAUUUGCAAGUUUUGCUGCCGCCACUUUACCAAGAGCUACAACCUGCUGAUCCACGAGCGCACGCACACGGACGAGCGGCCCUACACGUGCGACAUCUGCCACAAGGCGUUCCGGAGGCAGGAUCACCUGCGAGACCACAGGUACAUCCACUCGAAGGAGAAACCUUUCAAGUGCCAGGAGUGCGGGAAGGGCUUCUGUCAGUCGAGGACACUGGCCGUGCACAAGACCCUUCACAUGCAGGAGUCGCCGCACAAGUGCCCGACUUGCGGCCGGACCUUCAACCAGAGGAGUAACCUCAAGACUCACCUGCUAACGCACACAGACAUCAAGCCCUACAACUGCGAACAGUGCGGCAAAGUGUUCCGGCGUAACUGUGACCUGCGGCGGCACAGCCUGACCCACAACCCGAGGCUCGUCUUUUGAACGGCGCCUGGCGGCUUCGCGCGAGUGGAAAUCUCGCGUGCGGGAGCGCCGUAGAGCAGUGGUGGUGGGGGUGGUGGGGGUGGUGGCGGUGGCGGCCACGACCAUGCGCAGCUGUAGGGCACGCGAGAGGAAGAUUUGAGAGCAGAGGUGCGCGGCGGCUGUCGGUGGGGGAGGGCGGCUGCAGCCUCCGAUUUAUCCCCGCAACUCCGAUGAGCACCGCGGGCUACGUUACGGUGCGAAGGAAGUUCAUCGCACCGGGGAGGCGCCCGUGAAGAGGGGGUGAUAUUGUCCUGCGGUCCUCCCCCACGCCAUCGCCUUGCGCCAGGGCACAUGCUCGAACCACGCCACCCUACUGACUGGCACACACACAGAGAGAGAGAGAGUGUGUGCGUGUCCACGCGCGCGCGGUGUUUGUAUGGAAUUUAGAAAUAUCGCACUUAUAUAAAGGCACUCGACGUUUGGCCUCCGAGGCUAAAUCACACGACGGGGGUGGGGGGAGGGGUGAUGAGACGGGUGCGCAUUUGUUAGCGCGCACCCGCGUUAAGAACCCGCCAACCUGAGUUCGAUUAUAAUCGAUAAUUAUCUAUCAUAACCGAUAUUUCUCGAUUAUAAUCGAUCAUUAUCGGCUACGGCCAACAUCAUUGGCGAGCGAUAUAAGGGACAAGGUUUUUGUUGUUUUAAACUUAAAACGUAGGCGUUCGUAGCCAAUGCAAUGAUGGGUAUUUGUUUAUGGGUUAGGCCUCGUAACAUUACCAAGUGACCUACCGAACCCGAGCACAAAAUACGUAUCAAGAACCGGUUUUCUAAACGGGCACCCCCUCGCCCACUCACCCCCUUCACCAACUCGCACUGGCCAGCGAGGUCAAACAAGCGAGGUCAAACAAGCGUGGUCAAACAAGGCUGUUAAUCAUCACCAUUGUUAUGUGAAUCACUUGGGGCACGCUCGCACAUCGCGUGUAAAUGAAAAUACGGUCGCGCUUGACGGUGACGCAUUGUCAAGUGACUCUUUGACAUGACGCAUGACGAGUUGGAUCAGCCUCGUUUUGUUCCAGAGACGGGUGACUGGAUUUUGAAGGUAGCAUAGUAAUAUAUAUAUACACAC